GACGUUUUUAAAACGCGUCUCGUACUCAUGUUGAUUCGAAGGCAGUAGAUGUUUACUUUGAUUUUAUCUUUUGAAACGUGCUAAUUCUUGCUUUUGUUGGAUGGAUCGUUUAAAUUAUGUAUAGAGGGAACUGAUGAAGAGUAGAAAAUAUACCUACAGGAAUUAUAAUAGACUGAGUGAAUCAUGUAUUGCUCUUUGCAAUAUAAUUAACUAAAGAUGAUGGAGGACUUCUCGGGGCUGGCUCUUCCUCCUCUGUUCGGUGGGCACUUCCUGGAAGCGGAGCUGGAGCCGGGGGGCGUGGAGCUGGGCCCCAGUGGCACUGAGCUCUUGGGGGACGAUGAGGUCCCGUCGGGCCCCGCACAGGACCAGGACGAUGAGAGGAGAGAGAUGGACCAGAGCAAGUAUCACGCUCUCAGCAAGAGGUGCAAAGAGAUUGAGCAGGUAAAUGAGAAGAUUGUGGGACGGCUCCACCAGGUGCAGAGACUGACACGCCGACUGAGGAAAGAGAGGAGGUUUCUGAUGAAGACUCUGGACUCGUAUGGAGAUGAUUACAGGACGGCGCAGCUCACCUUCACGCUGGAGGAUGAGGGGAAGCCAGGUUUAGAUCCAGAUGUUGGUGCUGAUGAAGAAAGCUCUUCUCCAACGCUUCCUCAUCAGUCAGCGGCUGGACCGAAGAAGAAGAGACACCGGGUCCCAAAGGACAGAAGGAGAGACGCACCGAUGGAUUCGGAGCAGGAUUCUUCAGUCCUCGCUGAUCCCAGACCAGAUCAUCUCACUGAGGCUCGUUAGCGUGCCACAAAUCAAUCAGGAAUCAAUAUCAAUCUUUUUGUGCUAAUUAUGGCUUUCUUAAAAAUUGUAACACUUCAGCAUUUGAGGUCAAUCUUUUGUAAUGAUGAGGACAUUAAGGAAUUUUUUUCAGUUUAAUGAAUGGAACUGCAGCUUUUUUUUAUUAUUUUUCCACAUCUGUACCAAUGAUGAUGAAUGUCUAUUUGUGUCUGCUGAAGCGGCGCUACGGUCAGACCACUAACACUGAUCAGUGCUGACAGAAGAUGUGAUGACUGUAAUGAAAUAUCUGUCCAUUAUAUGUCUUAAAGACUCUCCUGGUAGAUCAUUUGUGUUGUCAUAUCCUAACCCUAACCCUAAAUACUGGCAAAAUGAUGAAAGAUAAUGAGAUGCAGGGCUCCUACAGCACACUUUUAUUACAGAAGUCCAUGAUUACUCAAGUAGGAUUUGUAAAAAAUAAACAUUUUAAAACCUUUGAACUUUAAAA